AUUACUCUCCAAAACCAAGUUGAAAACAAGAUAUGAAGAAGCUUUCUCUUUACGCUUGUUUACUCACUUUGAGUCUGCUGAUUUUUCUUCCCCAUAUCAAAGCAAGUCAAGCUAAUAAACUUGAUGAGUUGAUCCUAUCUAGGAGCUCACAUAAUCCUCCUGUGACCCUUUCUUGGGCAGAGGAAGAUGCAUUGAAAAUGCAUUCUGCUGCUUAUGUUGCGCCCCAAGAGGGACUAAGGCAAGCUGACAAGAUUGUCACACUGCCUGGCCAGCCACAUGGGGUGAACUUUGACCAAUAUUCAGGCCAUGUCACAGUUGAUCCAAAGACUGGAAGAUCACUUUUCUAUUAUUUUGUUGAGUCUCCACAUAACUCUUCAGCUAAACCUUUAGUAUUGUGGCUCAAUGGAGGACCAGGUUGUUCCUCAUUGGGGUAUGGGGCAUUUGAGGAGCUGGGACCCUUUAGAGUCAACUCUGAUGGCAAAACACUAUUUCAUAACAAAUAUGCUUGGAAUGAAGUGGCAAAUGUGCUGUUCUUGGAAUCCCCUGCUGGAGUGGGCUUUUCCUACUCAAACACUACCUCUGACUAUGAUCGUUCAGGAGAUAAGUCUACUGCAAAAGAUGCCUAUGUUUUCCUGAUCAAUUGGCUAGAGAGGUUUCCAGAGUACAAAACCCGCAAGUUUUACAUAACUGGAGAGAGCUAUGCUGGCCAUUAUGUGCCUCAGCUUGCAUACACUAUUUUGGUGAACAAUAAAUUCAGUCAACAAAGCAUUAACCUCAAAGGCAUUGCUAUAGGGAAUGCUUUGAUUGAUGAUGUUACAACUAUCAAGGGGAUAUUUGAUUACUUUUGGACUCAUGCUUUGAACUCAGAUCAAACACAUCAUUUGAUUAAGAAGUAUUGCGACUUCACUUCGGAAAAUAUUUCAGCAGCAUGUAUUAAUGCAACAAUAAGUUCCAUACUUGAGAAAGGAAGCAUAGACUCCUCUAACAUCUAUGCUCCACUGUGUUAUGACUCUUCUCUGAAAAAUGGAUCUACUGGUUCUGUAUAUGAUUUUGACCCGUGUUCUGCCUACUAUGUGGAAGCCUAUCUAAAUAGGCCAGAGGUCCAAAAAGCUCUUCAUGCAAAACCCACAAAUUGGACCCAUUGCAGCGGCUUUGACUGGAAGGACAGCCCAACUACCAUCCUACCCAUCAUUGAGUAUCUCAUUGCUAGCCACAUUAAAUUGUGGAUAUACAGUGGUGAUACAGAUGCAACGGUCCCAGUCACAUCUUCCAGAUAUUCAAUCAACACCCUGAGGCUCCCUAUUCAGGUUGAUUGGCAUCCAUGGUAUUCUGGAAAUGAGGUUGGAGGAUAUGUGGUGGGAUACAAAGCAGUGACGUUUGUUACAGUAAGAGGAGCAGGACAUUUUGUUCCAAGCUGGCAACCAGCCCGAUCUUUGACCAUGAUCUCAUCAUUCCUCUCUGGAACCCUGCCUCCUGCUUCACCAUACGAUGGAUUCUAAGUAUGAAGUUGAUUUAAAAGUUAUUGCCUUGAGAUGAAGGUUGUGCAAUAGCUACUUGUUGGACUAUAGUAAUAACAGUUUUAUUAAUAAGGUUCCGUAGCAUCUAAAUGUACUGCUAAGUUUCAUAGGGGAAGAAUAUUUAUCACACUUUGUAUUUUUUAUGAAAGGAAUGUAUCUUAUCUUAACAUUUUCUUAAUAAAAAAUUUCAGUUUGCAUAAAAACUUUUUAUAUAUCAA